AUGAGACAAAAAGAUGCGAAAAAAAGAGCAGAGAAGAAAGAAUCGAAAAUCAAGAAGGAGAAGGAAAAGAAAGAAAAAGAUGAGAAGAAAAAGCAACAUGCUGCAGAGAAGGCAGAGAAACAAGCAAAGAAAAAGGAAGCCUCAGCAACUAAAGACAAAGAUGUAGGCCCUCAAAACCAUAGAAACCACUCUGCUAAUAAACAAAGAGCCCAGUCAGGGCAGAAACAGAAAAAACAGUUGUUUGAACCCUACUGGCCUGAAGACAAUAUAUCAGAUGGACUUAAACGAGGAGAACUGAUCAGUGGAGCAAUUCGAAUAAACCCUAGAAAUUAUGAGGAUGCUUAUGUACCCCAUCCAAAUGGGCAAAUGGAUAUCUACAUCAGUGGGUUGUAUGACAGGAAUAGAGCCCUCAAUGGGGAUGAGGUGGCAAUAUUAAUCAAACCCAGAGACCAGUGGAAGGUUCUAACUGAGAAUCUAAAAGCCAAAGAAGAUAUCACAGCAUCCCUCAAUAAACUUUCUAUUAAACCUGACACAGCCUCAGCCCCAUCACAUACAAAAAGUAAAGAAAACGAACUUGUUGAAACUGAAAAUUCUCUUAAACCAAAUGAGGAACCAAAACCUAGAAAUACUGGAGAUUUUACACCAAAUAAGACCCCAAAUUCACAUGUUAAAUCUCAAGAAAGGCCACAGUCUAGCCAGAAGAAGUCCAGGUAUAUAACCCUUGGUGACUACAGUAGAGGUGAUAAUCCAGUUGCAAAGAGACUCUUCCAAGAGGGGGCUACUCCAGGGCCAGUACUGAUGGAUGUGCCAGAUUCAUGUCUCCAACCAACCGCCAGGGUGGUGUUCAUACUUGAGAGAUGGCACAGUAGAGCCAGUACAGGCAACAUUAAACCCAUGCAAGACAAGAAUCCUAACUUUGCCCUAUUUGUCCCUAUAGAUCAUAGAGUUCCAAGAAUAAUGAUCCCAAUGGCUGACUGUCCCCACAAGUUCCUAGAGAGACCAGAGGAUCAUUGUAACACACUGUUCAUAGCAAGGAUCACUGACUGGGAUGAGACGUCAAACUACCCUAGAGGGAACCUGGCCAGGAGUCUAGGAGAGGCAGGUCAGAUAGAACCAGAAACUGAAGGCAUGCUAAUAGAGAAUGACAUAGAUUAUAGUGAAUUUUCACAAAAGGCAAUAGAUUGCUUGCCAAUCAAGACACUUCCCUGGAAGAUACCUGAAUCUGAACUGAAGGAAAGACGAGACUUUAGAGAUGAAUGUGUCUUCACUAUAGACCCAGCCACAGCUAGAGAUCUUGACGAUGCUAUGCAUUGUAAACACUUGGGAGAUGGUCUGUAUGAGAUUGGAGUGCACAUUGCUGAUGUCAGUUACUUUCUAGAAGAGGGGACUGAGUUAGACAAUGUGGCUGGUAGGAGAGCCACCAGUGUGUAUCUCGUACAAAAGGUUAUCCCGAUGUUGCCAAGGAUACUCUGUGAGGAAUUGUGUAGUUUAAACCCAGCUGAGGAUAGACUGACAUUCUCUGUGGUUUGGAAAAUGACAGAAGAAGGCGAGAUUCUGGAUGAAUGGUUUGGACGCUCAGUAAUCUGCUCUUGUGUAAAGAUGGCAUAUGAUCAUGCCCAGGGUUUCAUAGAGAAUCCUGAUAGAGAUUGGACAAGGGAAGAACUGCCUCCAAUUCUAGAGAAAUUCAAAGUAAAAGAAAUCAAAGAAAAGGUUCUCAAUCUGGAUAAGAUAGCUAAACAGUUACGUAAACAGAGAUUUGACCAAGGUGCCCUGAGGCUGGACCAAGUGAAGCUGAGUUAUGCUCUAGACAAAGAGACAGGGAUGCCCUGUGGCUACUCUGUAUACCAACAGAAAGACAGCAACAAAUUGAUAGAGGAGUUCAUGUUACUGGCUAACAUGGCAGUUGCACAUAGAAUCUCUAAGAUGUUCCCUGAGAAGGCCCUCUUAAGGAGACAUGCAGCACCCCAAGGCAAGAUGAUGGAGGAAUUGGCUGAUGUGUGUAGUAAUAUGGGUGUACCUAUAGAUGCCUCUAGUUCUGCAACACUACAUACUUCUCUACUGAAGUAUGUUGGACCAGAUGUGUACUCGCAGGCCAGGAGUCAGAUCCUCACAGUAUUAUGCUCCAAACCCAUGCAGAUGGCUAAAUACUUCUGUACCGGUUGUCUUGAGGAAGAGGCCUUAUGGAGACAUUACGCCCUUAGUGUCCCUCGUUAUACUCACUUUACAUCACCCAUACGACGUUACGCUGAUGUAAUUGUACAUAGAUUGUUAGCUGCAUCCUUAGACUACCAGGCAGAGCCUAACAAAACUAAGGAAGAGAUCCACAAGCAAGCGGAUCGAUGCAAUGACAGGAAAACAGCUAGCAAAAGAGUACAAGAGUUGAGCAGUGAUAUGUUCUUCGCCAUCUUUGUCAAGGAGAGUGGUCCACUAGAGGAGCAUGGAAUGGUGAUGGGGGUACUUGACAAGGCAUUUGAUGUUGUCAUGUUGAGGCUAGGAGUGGUUAAAAGAGUCUAUUGUGAGAAACUGGGCCUAUCUGACUGGAAGUUUCAGAAGGACCACAAGAAGCCAGUAUUAACAUUAACAUGGCCAGCAGAUGAGCAGCACCCUAAUGAACUGAAACAGGAGAUAACGAUAUUCUCACUGGUGAAUUGUGUCCUGGAGGCAGAUAAGCUGCCACUGAAAUGGACGGCAUUGAUAACUAGACCUACACUGCAGGAGUAACUGUAUUCACAUGUGCAGAAUUACCAGUCAGUAAAAUACUAAGGUGCUUAUAUCAUACGAUGUCUCUGGGAACUACAAACAUGCACAGCUAAAGUGGUUUUAGUAAACAACUGACCUUAUAUUAAGAUAACAAUGGCCAGUGUCAUAUUUAUUAUCGCAGUCAUGCCCAUAUUUAUUAUCGCAGUCAUACCCAUAUUUGGAAGUUGACCUGUGUGUAGCCCUCUGCAAGAGUAGUUGAUUUUCAGACUCUUUACAAAACCAAUAGAUCUUUACUCAUGAGCCAAUCAAUUAAUUUUUGCCCAGUAGUACCAAUGUUUAAAUUCAUAUUUGUGUGGCUCUGCAGUGCUCUCUCGAUAGUUUGAACUCAAAUCUGUAAAUUGAUUGAUUCUAGUCAGAGGGCAGUAAACAACACUGAUCUUAUUGUGCCAAAAAAUGUGCAAAAAUGGCAUUUUACAUUUAUUGUAUAGACUAAGACUCCAUCCUCCGACAACAUGGCUCAAGAAUUCUCCCAUUCACGAUUCGCUCUUCAAUCGAGGAGACAUGGAAGUUUUUCCUUAUAUGGACAAAAUAUUACUCAUGAUGCAAUUCGGAGGGAAACAAAUUUCUAAUUCCUUGUUUUUCCCUCAUUGGUUUAGCAUGUGGAUUUACUCACCUAUUUUUCAGUUGCUAUGUUCGAUCAAAUCUCUAUCCGAUUGGACAAAAAAAGUAUCAAUUGGUCUUUUCAUAACCUUUAUAUAGCAGAUAUUUGUAUCAUUGUAUUGGCUCACAUCGUUGUGAAAAAAAA